CGGUGGGGGAGGCGCCUCCGGCCAGGCCCGGCCCGUCCGUGCGGGGCUCCAGGGCGGCCCCGGCCCCCCCCCAGCCCCGGACACACACACACACCCCCACCCACCCCCCACACCCCCCCCGGCCCCGGACGGACGGGCCUGGUUCACCCCCAGGUUGAACCCCCCCCAUCCCCGGGCGGAGAUGGAAGCCAACGUCAGCGACGAGAGCGUCCACUUCCAGAGCUACCCCUUCGACUUCCUCGAGUUCCUCAACCACCAGCGCUUCGAGCCCAUGGAGCCCUACAGCCACGAGCACCCCAAAACCCUGCCCGCCCUCCCCUGCCCCCAGCCCCCCUUCGACUACCCCCCCCCGCCCGGCGGCCCCCCCUUCGACCGCCUCCCCCCAACCAAGCACAAGGACUUCAAGGCCGAAGGUGGCGGCAGCACCUCGUCUUCCUCCUCCUCCUCCUCUUCCUCCUCCUCCUCUUCCUCCUCCCAGCCGAAAAAGGCGGAGGGCAGCGUGGGGGUGCAAACGGGGGCCCCCCCGUACCCCAGCCCGGCCGUGCCCCCCCCGCCCCAACCAAUUUUUGAGGCCGCCGGCGCCUUCAACGCGCCCCAGUGGGGCAUCGUCGACCUCUCCAGCCACCAGCACCUCUUCGGGGGGCUGAAACGGGGCGGGACGGUGACGGUGGCGACGGGAACGGUGACGGCGGGGACCCCGACGGCCCCCCCGGCCCCCCCGGAAGCGACGUUAAAAGAAGAGAAGAAUUAUUUCCGCCGGCUGAAGUAUUUCAUGGAGCGGCGUUUCCCCUGCGGCGUGUGCCAGAAGUCCUUCAAGCAGUCGUCCCACUUGGUGCAGCACAUGCUGGUGCACAGCGGCGAGCGGCCGUACGAGUGCGGCACCUGCGGCCGCACCUACAACCACGUCUCCAGCCUCAUCCGCCACCGACGCUGCCACAAGGAAACAGCCGAGGACGGCGGCGGUAGCGCCGGUGUCACCCCCUCGGUGGUGGCCACCACCUCCGGGAUCGUGCCGGCGCCCAACGGAGCCGGCGUGGUCUUACCGGCGCCCAACGGGAUCAACCCGUUGGCGAGCGGGGUCCACGCGCCGCCCAACGGGGUCAACCUGGCGGCAAGCGGGGUCAACGCGCCGCCCAACGGGGUCAACGCGCCGCCCAACGGGGUCAACGCGACGUUGAGCGGCGUCAUCCCGACCCCCGGCGGGGUCAUCCCGACCCCCGGCGGGGUCAUCCUGGCGCCCGGCGGGGUCAUCCCGACGCCCGGCGGGGUCACUUUGGCGCCCGGCGGUGCCGCCGCCGCCGCCCCGGCACCCAGCGGUGCCGCUCCGGACGGUCCCUUCACCUGUUCGCUGUGCUGGAAGGUCUUCAAGAAGCCGAGUCACCUCCACCAGCACCAGAUCAUCCACACCGGCGAGAAGCCCUUCAGCUGCUCGGUGUGCGCCAAGAGCUUCAACCGGCGCGAGAGCCUCACCCGCCACGUCAAGACGCACUCGGGGCUGUUGCGGGUGCCCUGCGCCAUCUGCGGGAAGGAGUUUCGGGAUCCGGCGUACCUCCUGCGGCACCAAGCCGCCCACAGCGGCCAACGCCCCGACUACAAGUGCGAGGUCUGCGGCAAAGCCUACGCCGCCCCGCAGAGCCUGCUGCGGCACCGACAGGUCCACGCCGGACCCAAAGCCGGCGCGGCAUCGGCGGCGGUGGCAGCGGCGUACCCCGGCGUCCCCAAGGGAACGGCGGCCUCGGUGGUGUCGGUGUUCCCCGGUGCUUACGCGACGCUGGAGGGGGAGGCGAAGGCGGGCGACGGCGCCGCCACCGCCGCUGCCGCCGCCGCCGCGGGCUUCUUGUCCCCCCCGCCACCGCCGCCGCCAGCCGCGUUGCUGACGCCGGGGAAGAGUUUCGGCUGCGGCAUCUGCGGGCGGGCGUUCGGCCGUCGGGAGACGCUGAAGCGGCACGAGCGGAUCCACACCGGGGAGAAGCCGCACCAGUGCGCCGUCUGCGGCAAGCGUUUCCGCGAGUCCUUCCACCUCAGCAAGCACCACGUGGUGCACACCCGCGAGCGGCCCUACAAGUGCGAGCUUUGCGGCAAAGCUUUCGGUUACCCCCAGAGCCUGACCCGGCACAAGCAGAUCCACCGGCUGCCGUUACCCUGCGGUUUAGGGGGUGCCGGGACCCCCCCCGAGGGAUUGAGCUACGGCUGCGGCGAAUGCGGCGAGCGUUUCCCCGACCUCUUCCGCGCCGUCAACCACAAGGAAGCCCACGCCGGGGAGAAACCCUACAGCUGCGACGCCUGCGGCAAAGCUUUCGGCUUCAUCGAGAACCUGAUGUGGCACAAGCUGGUUCACCAAGCCGCCCCCGAGCGGCUGCUGCCCGAGGGGGGGCCGCCGGCCGAGAGCGGGCUGCAGCCCCCCGAGGAGCACCCGGUAGUGCCGAGCGGCGAGCGCUUCACCUGCGGCACCUGCGGGCAGAGCUUCAAGCAUUUUUUGGGGCUGGUGACCCACAAAUACGUCCACCUGGUCCGGCGGACGUUGGCCUGCGGCGUCUGCGGGCAGAAUUUCGCCGGCGCCUACGACCUCCUGCUUCACCGGCGCCGUCACCUGCAGAAACGCCAUUUCGGUUGUUCGGUUUGCGGGAAGCGGUUUUGGGAAGCGGCGUUGCUGAUGCGGCACCAACGUUGCCACACCGAGGAGCGGCCUUACCGCUGCGCCGUCUGCGGCCGGGGUUUCCUGCGCUCCUGGUACCUGCGGCAGCACAAGGUCGUGCACACCGGCGAACGCGCCUACAAAUGCGCUCUCUGCAACAAACGCUUCGCCCAAUCCUCCAGCCUGGCCGAACACCAACGCCUCCACGUCGUCGCCCGCCCUCAACGUUGCCAAACCUGCGGCAAGACCUUCCGUUACCGUUCCAACCUCUUGGAACACCGACGCGUUCACCUGGGAGAAAAAGUUUACCGCUGCGAGCUUUGCGGCAAGAGUUUCUUCUACCUGUCCUCCAUCCUGCGGCACCAGCGCUCCCACGACGCCCGCCGCGACCUCCGCUGCUCCGCCUGCCUCAAGCUCUUCAAGGACCCCAAAUAUUUCAGCAAACACCUCCAGACCCACCAGGGCGGGCGACCCUUCAAGUGCAGCACCUGCGGCGAAGCUUUCCGGAACACCUACGGCCUCAAGAAACACCGGCACGGCCACAAACUCGAGCGCCUGGCCGCCCUGGCGAACAAGGACGCCUGAGGACGGGACGCGGCGGCGGCGGCGACGCGGGUUGCGGCGGUACCGUCGCGACGCGGAACGUCAACGGCGGGCGCAGCUCGGCGCGGCGUAAAACGGGCGCGUGGAUACAAGGCCGGGGCACGGGGAGACCCCCCCCACUU